AAGAAAAACACCGGACGAAGGCAGAACUAGAGAGAGAGAGAGAGAGAGGGAGAGAGAGAGAGAGAGAGAGAAACCAAGAAAACAUGGGAGAUAUUGUGUUGAUAGUGGAGGAUUUGAGAUCAGGUUCUUGUAGAAUCUGCCACGAAGAAGAGUUCGAGAGCUGUAAGAGCUUGGAAGCUCCCUGUGCUUGCUCCGGAACUGUCAAGUUUGCGCACAGAGAUUGCAUACAAAGGUGGUGUAACGAAAAGGGCAACACCAUCUGUGAAAUUUGUCUACAGAAAUUUGAACCUGGGUACACAGCUCCUGCCAAAAUAUCCCAGCUGGUUGAUGCCGUUGUGACUAUCAGAGGAAGUUUGGAAGUUCCAAGAAGAGAUAUGGAGAUCCGAAAUCCAGAAUCAUCCUCCGUAGCCGGAGAACGGAUGCUCGAGACCAACUACCCUGAAUGCUCGUCGGAGGCUAAUCGCCGUUUCACUUACUGCAGAACCAUGGCUCUCAUAUUUAUGCUUCUCCUGUUGGUGAGAGACCUACUCGCGAUAGUCAGUGGAGGAACAGGGAAUUACCCAUUCACACUUAUGACUUUGCUUAUUAUACGGGCUUGCGGAAUUGUUCUCCCUAUGUUCAUGUUCAUUCGAAUAAUCACGGCCAUCCAAAAUAGUAUGAGCCGGCCACAUCAGGUAUAUGAAGGAGUUGGACAUCACAGAAUUCAACUACACACCUGAGAGAUUUCCUUUUGCUUAAUUCCACUUGUAUUCGUUAUUUUAUUUUUUUGUCCAACAGAGCCUCCAGUGUUUGUAUUCUACUUAGAGCAAUAUGCAUAUCAUUGCUCAUGUAAUUGAAACUGACCCCAUUUUUGUUGGGGGAAAUGAAUAUAGUACUACCAUAGAGUUCACACGAGUUUAAAA